AUGGGUGCAUGCGGGAGCAAGGAGGCCUCGACCGAGGAUACGGAACAGAAGAAGAGGAGUCAGGCUAUAGACAAGAAACUCGAGGAAGACUCCCGCAGAUUACGGCGAGAAUGCAAGAUUCUACUGCUGGGGUCGGGUGAGAGUGGAAAGUCGACAAUUGUGAAGCAGAUGAAGAUCAUCCACCAGAAUGGCUACACGCAGGAAGAGCGGGCGCUGUAUCGGCUCACCAUCUACAAAAAUCUGAUCGACUGCAUGAAGGCGUUGAUCGGCGCAAUGCAGCAAUUCGAAAUCGAACCAGAAGAUCAAACAGUCAAGGACUACGUCGAAUAUAUAAUGGAGUUCAAUGUGGAUCCGGACCCCGACACCACUCUAGAUCCCAAAGUCGCCGAUGCCGUGCAAGCCAUAUGGAAAGAUGCCGCCGCGACCAAAACGAUGGAAAGACAGAGCGAGUUUUACCUGAUGGACUCCGCCCCCUACUUCUUCGAAGAGGUCCGGAGGUUGGCAGCGCCCGACUAUAUCCCCAAUGAAGCCGACGUACUACGGGCACGGACAAAGACGACCGGAAUAUACGAGACGAGGUUUACCAUGGGCCAGCUGAGCAUGCAUAUGUUCGAUGUGGGCGGGCAGCGAAGUGAGCGCAAGAAAUGGAUCCACUGCUUCGAGAAUGUCACGUCGAUCAUCUUCUGCGUGGCACUAAGUGAAUACGACCAAGUAUUGCUGGAAGAAUCGAACCAGAAUCGGAUGAUGGAAAGUCUUGUGCUCUUCGACUCCGUGGUCAACUCAAGGUGGUUCAUGAGGACCAGCAUCAUUCUGUUCCUGAACAAGGUCGAUCUGUUCAAAGAGAAGCUGGGUCGAUCACCCCUAGGGAAUUACUUCCCUGAUUAUUCUGGCGGCAACGACGUCAAUCGGGCCGCCAAAUACCUGCUGUGGCGGUUUAACCAGGUGAAUCGAGCGCAACUUAACCUCUAUCCCCAUCUCACGCAAGCUACGGACACCACGAACAUCCGGCUGGUCUUCGCCGCGGUCAAGGAGACCAUAUUACAAAACGCCCUGAAAGACUCUGGAAUAUUAUGA